CUGGCGGUUCACCCUUCAACGAAGCUAUGAUCCACCCAUGGUUUAUCCUCAUCUGUGAGACUUUCGAUCCAUUCCGAGCAACAAAAGUUGACCACAGGGAAAAUUCCGCACUUGUAGGACAGUCUGAGAGUCGAAGACAAGAAGACCAGCCUUGUGUCUGGCAAGAGGCGAAGUACGGAGUGCAUGUGGCAAAAAAGUGUAAAGAAAGCGGAUAAGUUCGGAGUCUCUAGGACUACUAUUAGCACCCCUUAAUAGAGUCAACCUAUAUCCAGGUACUCCCGAGGUGAUUGAGCACGGCGUUCUAGAGGAUCGUCGUCGUAAUAAACAAGGAGGAGAACGAGUUGGCCGGUAAGUGACAGGAGAACUUCGGAGACAAUAAGAAUCCCUUCACUAGUCGGUCCCAAACCUUGCGCUCCUAAGGCGUAAGUUAGCCGUCAUUCAUACUGCACCAAGAAGCCAACGCCACGACGCUAGCAAAUGGAAGAACUCCUGGGUCUGUCACGACAUGAAUAAAUCCUGCGAAAAAAGAGUGACAAAACCUCUAGUGACAAUUUGAUCCUACACAAAAGUCACAGGAGGUAAGGGGGCCAGCACAUUACAAACCAACCCAACGAACAAGCAUGGAACGCGAAGACACUUCUUAUGAUGUCCAAUACCAAAGCAUAAGAAUUACGGAUGAAGAAGAAUGUUCAAAAGGCGGGAUACUGGUAAAGGUUCUGCGCUAUACGGGAUGUACCAUAUCGUUCACACCUCCACGUAUAGGAUUACGCAGCGAUGAGCAACAGCACAGCGCGAGAAAGUUCCAUGGCAGAAUGGGAACGAAACAAAGAGGAAUAAAUCCACAAAACAGGGUAAUGAUGAACAGGGCGGCGACGGAAUGGCAGACACGUGAAAAAUAAACGAUGGUAGGAGAAUACACGACAGCGUCGCAUGGUAGCGACAGUUCCUUCAACGUAAGCAGGAUUGGAUGCUCAACGAAGGACGGUUAUAAGUUUUGCUGAGAUAAUGGAGGGAAGGCUUCAAAAAGUACAGUCAACGUCCAAAUAAAGAGCGACGCAGUUGGUGAUGAAUAGACAAGAAUAAAAUACCAUCAGC